CUUUGUUCACCGAUCUCUGCUAUUCAUGCUAGGACGUCCACCACUGCUCUACAAACCAAUCGCGCGACAUCUCUCUUCUACCACAUACAGAGUAACUUGCCCACUGCAUUGCUUAAGAACCAUGUCCACGAAGCAGCAAGCCAAAAUCCUCUCGACUGAAGAGGCCAAAGUUGAAGGUAUCAAGUGGUUGAAAAUGGAAAGAAUCAAAUGGCAAGAUGAGGAUGGAAAAGAGCGAAUAUGGGAAGCUGCUAAUCGGACCACACGAAAGGGAGACAUUGAUUCUGUACACAUCUUCACACUGCUUCAUCAUCCCUCUAAGCCCGUAUCAACCAUCUUGAUCGAGCAGUACAGGCCUCCGAUUGGCAAAUACGUAGUUGAGCUACCGGCGGGGCUCGUCGACGAGGGCGAAGAUGCACGAACUGCCGCUCUCAGAGAGCUGUACGAAGAGACGGGCUACGGAACGGGCAAAGGAGACGACGGCAAGGUCGUGGUCGAGAGUGAAUCUGUCAUUUUAGCCAAGGAUCCAGGCAUGACAGGAGCCAAUUGCAAAGUCGUCACCGUCAGCGUCAAGCUUGACGAAAACGAUCCCGAACCAGAUCAACAUCUAGACCCGGGAGAACACAUCAUCAAACGGAUCGUUCCGCUGAGAGACUUGUCGAGGACAUUACAGGAUUACGAUCAGAAAGGUUUCGUGAUCGAUGCUCUGACUUCAAGCAUCGUGAUGGGUUACGAACUCGCUGGCAAGUUAGCAAAGUGAGCCAUAUCUCCAGUAUGGUUCUCGCUACACGGUGUAGGCUAUGUAAGGCUUGGAACAUCAACCCUCCUGGUGAUUGCGAGUGUUGCUGGUCGUUUGAGUGAUGUAUGCCUUCAUUUUGAGUUGAG